AGUUUCCCUUUAGUCUGCUCUCUGAGGUCAGACUGGAAAAGACUCUCAACUACAGCACACACCACCAUGCUGCUCAUGACCCUCAUGUCUCUCUGGAUUAGCCUCGUCAGGGCAGAUCAGAGGAGACCCUCAGACCUCGACGAGACCCUGGGGAAACAUGAGGCUCUGGGACAAUUAUCUUUAAAUGAAAUGUUCAGAGAGGUGGAAAAGCUGAUGGAGGACACGCAGCAGAAACUAGAAGAGGCUGUGCACCAGAUGGCGAAUGAGACGUCCAGAUCUUUUUAUGGACACCGUCUGCCUUUUCGACAUUCAUCUUCUGAUGGGACCAGAGACAUGGACUCUGAAAGUUCGUCAGGAGAUACAUUUUCUUUCACACCGCUCAUUCAGGAGAGCCGUUGGAACGAAGUGGACCAUGAGUGUCUGAUUGAUGAAGACUGUGAGGAGAACAGUUACUGUCUCUACAACAUCAGCAGCUCCAAAUGCGUCUUGUGUAAAUCAACGAACAUGGAGUGUGUGAAGGAUGAGGAGUGCUGUGGAGAACAGCUGUGUGUGUGGGGCGUGUGCACACAGAACAAAACCCGAGGAGAUUCAGGGACCAUCUGUCAGUACCAGAGCGACUGCAGUCACCUGCAUUGCUGCGCCGUACACAAAGCGUUGCUGUAUCCGGUGUGCAGGCCACGGCCUGUAGAGGGUCAGAUCUGCCACGAGCAGCCAAACGAGCUGCUGGAGCUGCUAAUGUGGGAUGACGAGGCUCCUCAUGAACACUGCCAAUGUGCUGCAGGCCUGAAGUGUCAGCAACUUGGCCAAGAGUCCCUGUGCCUGAUAAAGAGGAGCUCAUCCAGAGCCACAAGCCCAAGAGACUCACAUUAACCCUAAUAAAGAGGAAAGACAGCGACCGGCCCACCAAUCCAAUCUGUUUGUCCUGUAAUAUUACACAUUUAUAACGUUUAUAACGUGUGCGUAUAAAUGCGUUUGAAUUACGUUCAGUCACCUGCAAUACGCAUGUAUUAUACAACUUAAUUUAUUUACUCAAAGAAACCAGAAUAACCAAUAAACGGCUCAUUACAUGACCCUGAAAAGUUGCUGUACACCCCCAUGCUUUACAAAGAAUCAUAAUAAAUAAUAAUUAAAUAAUACACUCUAUAGACACCUGACUAUAAGAUUAGUAUGUGCUCCUUUACUAGAUUUUGGGGAGAUUUGUUCUCAUUCAGAUACCAGUGUGUUAGUAAAGUCUGGUACUGAUGGAAGUAAGAUGAAGAGGCCUCCAUCUCAUUCUACCAAAGAUCCAGACAACCUAUAAGAUUGUGCCUUAAAAAUGUAAGGUAUCAGUUUGAGGACGAAGCAGAUACGGCUGGAAAAGUCAGGUGUCCCAAUACUUUAGGCCAUACAGUGUAGAUUUAUAUCUCUAGAUGCUUCCUUGUGUUUUUUUUUUUUUACUAUAAUACACUGAUCAGGCGUAACAUUGUGACCACCUGCCGAUUAUUGUGUUGGUCCCCUUUUUUCUGCCAAAACACUUCUGACCAUUCGAGCAUCAAUAUUUAAAGUUCUUCUCAGUUUGAGCUACAGGAGCUUGUCUGUUGGAUCGGACCACACGGACCAGCUUUCGCUUCCUACGUACAUCAAUGAGCCUCAACACCCACGAAACUGUCGCCGGUUCACCACUGUUCCUUCCUUGGAGCACUUUUGAUAGACACUGCAGACCAGGAACAUGCAGAUGCUCUGACCCAGACGUCUAGACGUCUCCAUGCUGAGAUAUAUCGGGAUAGAUCAGUGCUAUUCACUUCACCCAUCCUGUCCAUUCGUGUCCACCUGGUCAUAAAAUUAUGUACAAUGUUUAAAAAAAGAAUCCCAUACUAAUCUCAGGGUCGGGUGUCCACAAACAUGUAUGUAUUAUUUACACCAUUAUACACAGAUGCUGUUGGUUUUGAUGUUUUUAUUCAAAUAUUUGUUAGUUCUUCACUUUUCUGUUACAUUGUUUAAACCCUCAAUCCACUAGAGGUCAGUGUUAUCUAACCCGAUACACACAUACGGCAUUUGGCAGGUACACAAGGCUCGGAUUGAAUCCCGCUGAAGCAUGUGAAGCACAUGACCGAUCAACUCGCCGGUAUCUAUUCCAGUCACGGCACUUUCAGUAUCUCACGCUGUACUGUUUCCAAAAUCAGAACUCUAUUAAAAGCAUUUUUUUUUUCUUUCCAAGGACCGGAUUCAACACACGACAGGCCCAAUUCACGUCUUUAAUUUAUUCCAUUUUUAUUUUACAAAUACAAGGCACCCAUUGUAUUCUCCCCCAUCGACAUCAACUGUGGCAUUUAAUAAUUCUCAGAGGAAACAAUAAAAAAAAAAAUAGCCUGAUCAAGAGUAUCAGGAGGAGAAGGAUAGAUUAUUUCUUUUUUUUGACGUGAGGUUCAGGGGGAAAAGCGUACAGCACGGAGGUAAGGCAGAACAGGGUGAUGAGUGUGUGUUGGCUUGGUCGAGGCCUCGGGAUCAGAUGUGCUUCAGCAGCAGGAGGGCGAGAGCUGUGAGAAGAUCGCCGCUGUGAGACGGCCUUUGAAACGAGGACGCGACCCGAGCGACGGGGAAAGAGCGAUGGUGGAUUAUCCUACAGGAAUUUCACUCGACGUGGAUUUGUUUGGAUUCGGAAAAUUUUUUUUUUCUGCACUCGUUAUAAAGUUUACAUUCGUCACAACGUAAUAUUUCUUCCCAUCCUAAUCUACAUUUAUGGCAUGUGGCAGAUGCCCUUAUCCACUUGUCUCAUUCAUACAACUGAGCAGCAAUGGGGUUAAGGGCCAUGUUCAGGGGCCCAGAAGAUGCUCUACCUAAUGCAUCAGCCAAAGACACAUUUUUGUGAAGAACAAAUAAAAUGUCCUUAACGUCCUAUAAUGUCCUUAUCUUCCUAUAAUAUCUCAAUAGUUUUUUCCUUUAAGAGAUAUAUACUGUAUGAGCAAAAGUAUUGGGACACCACUGGGCUCAGCCGUGUUACUUUGCUCAAUGGGCCCAUGAGUGGCAGCUUGUCGAUGCGGGGUUUUGAACCACCGCCCUUCCGAUCAGUAAACCAAAAACCUUAACCACUGAGCUUCCACCUUUUCCUAAUACCCACAUGUUCAUCCUAGCGUGAUACUAUAAUUACUGGUAAUUCCUGUACAGCAGACACGGCACAUGAGCAGGGUGUUAGUAAUGUCAAGAUGUAGGUGAGGUGAGACGGCCUGGAGUUCAAUAGGUUUUAAGCUCUACAGCAGGAGAUCUUUAACUCCAAUCCAUGUAAAGCAUAUCUUCAUUGAGCUAACUUUGUGCACUGUCGCACGGGAACAGGUUUUGGUCUCUUAGUUGAAAAUUUCAUUCGACUGCAUCCAAAGACAAGUUUGUAGUAACAGAUUGGGGAGAACCAUCGAUGGCUGGAAAAGUCGUGUCCCAAUACUUUUGUCCUUAUAAAGUGGCAAUAAAUGGUUCAAAUCGAUGAUGUGAUGCAAGUCUGGAGAACGUGUGGUCAAACAGGAGGCGGUGAACCACCUCGAGGUCAUCAUCGGGUUUCUCCAUAAUGGUGAGAAAUUGAUGUCAGUGUUCAUUUGAAAUGCAGAUGCAUUUCAGAAGCACUUUCCAUCUCUCGCUCUCGUCCUCACAGUUGGAGGUCAGGUUUCCUAAUUAUUAUAUAAAAUGCUCAGGUCAAAAAACCCGAAUUUUUUAUUUCCUCUGGCUGUGAAUUAAUGUUUGUUAGUAGCUGCGUAUCGCUCAAUAAAAAAAAAAAUUGAUUU